UUUGAUCUCCACGUGGGCAGGCCAGUGAUGGCGGCGCUGGUGGAGGCGGUGGCUGCAGAGCCCGGUGGCCGAAGCGGCCCUGGCAGCGUCUUCGGGCUCGAUCGGGAGCAGCCCUUCCUAGGAGCCUGUAGUCCUCACGCCGGAAACGCUGCCCUCCUGCCUUGGCGGGCAGACAGGCUCAGGAGGACUCACGGAUAAGGCGGACCCGACCGGGAGGAAAAGAACUGGAGCGUUACAGCGGCCAUUCUACAAGUCGAGCCCCUCGGGGACGCUUGGCCAAUCAGAUCCCCCCUGAGAUCCUGAACAACCCCCACCUGCAGGCAGCCAUUCAAGUCUUGCCUUCCAACUAUAACUUUGAGAUUCCCAAGACCAUCUGGAGGAUUCAACAGGCUCAGGCCAAGAAGGUGGCCUUGCAAAUGCCUGAAGGCCUUCUCCUUUUUGCCUGCACCAUUGUGGAUAUCUUGGAAAGGUUCACAGAGGCCGAAGCGAUGGUGAUGGGUGAUGUGACGUAUGGGGCCUGCUGUGUGGAUGACUUUACUGCAAGGGCCCUGGGAGCUGACUUCCUGGUGCACUAUGGCCACAGCUGCCUGGUUCCCAUGGACACCUCGGUCCAAGACUUCCGGGUGCUGUACGUCUUUGUGGACAUCCGGAUAGAUACUACCCACCUCCUGGAUUCUAUCCGCCUCACCUUCCCCCCAGCCAGUUCCCUUGCCUUGGUCAGCACCAUUCAGUUUGUGUCAACUUUGCAGGCAGCUGCCCAGGAGCUGAAAGCUGAGUAUCGUGUGAGUGUCCCACAGUGCAAGCCCCUAUCUCCUGGGGAGAUUCUGGGCUGUACGUCCUCCCACCUGCCCAAAGAGGUGGAGGCUGUUGUAUAUCUUGGAGAUGGCCGCUUCCAUCUGGAGUCUGUCAUGAUUGCUAACCCUAGUGUCCCCGCUUACCGAUAUGACCCAUACAGCAAAGUCUUAUCCAGAGAGCACUAUGACCACCAGCGCAUGCAGGCCAACCGCCAAGAAGCCAUAACCACAGCCCGCUCAGCUAAAUCCUGGGGCCUUAUCCUGGGCACUUUGGGCCGCCAGGGCAGCCCCAAGAUUCUGGAGCACCUGGAAUCUCGGCUCCAAGCCUUGGGACUUCCGUUCAUGAGGCUGCUGCUCUCUGAGAUCUUCCCCAGCAAGCUUAGCUUGUUUCCUGAGGUGGAUGUGUGGGUGCAGGUGGCAUGUCCACGCCUUUCCAUUGACUGGGGCACAGCCUUCCCCAAGCCGCUGCUGACACCCUAUGAGGCAGUGGUGGCCCUGAGGGACAUUUCCUGGCAGCAACCCUACCCCAUGGACUUCUACGCCGGCAGUUCCUUGGGGCCGUGGACAGUGAACCACGGACGGAACCGCCCCCCCCAGGCCCUGGGCCGGCCGUCGCUGAGGAAGAUGCAAAUGCAGGAGGAGCCCACGCGCCCUACUCCAGCAGCGGCCUGCGACGAUUGCAGCUGCAGAGAAGAAAAGGGAGCGCCGCUCAUUCCGUAGACCCUCCUUGGUCGCAGAGCCCUGCCUUCCGGAGGAGCAGCCUCGAGGCUGGUGGUUUUCAGAACAGGAAGCAGACGUUUUCAACGCCCUGAGCCAUCCCACAGUGUGCAGAGGUCUGGAGG